CAUUUAUGGAUCAGGGUCAGGGAGCGCAGAAAAGCAUUCAGCGGAUUACGGAAAAGACCAAAUCAACUAUAUCACUCAAAAUAGCAAAUAUAUUCAUAGUGUCACCAUGUAACUACAACAGAACAACAUAUUAGUGAAUUAUUUGGACGGUAUUGAUGGCUAUUCAAUAUGAGAGACAAGCGCAGCUGUGUGAGUCACACGCACGUUGUUGUGAUCUAAGCGCGUGACUUCCCUAUCACAUGACAUAAGAAAGACUGAAAAGGAUGGACCUAAUAAUGUAAACAAAAUAAAAAUAUUAAUUACGAUCGUAUUUCAGCGACGAUUUAAUAAAGCACAUCGUUUAUUGGCAGUACCAGUCGGCGCUAUAGCUGUACCCAGCUGAUAAAGAUGAACGCUUUAGUUGCCCUUUGCCACUUCUGUGAACUCCAUGGCCCGCGGACGUUAUUCUGCACAGAGGCCGUCCACCCUCCUUCCCCAUCUCCUCCACAGCCUGGUUCAGCCAUUCCUGGUGACAGGGACCGAGAGGCAGACAGAGAGGGUGAAGGGCUCACCAUGAGAGCCAACAGCUCUGCCACGCAAAGAGCUGACAUGUGUGAAGGCUGUCGCUCCCUACCUGCGUCUCAUCCGGGCUUUGUGAGUGUGGACAGUGAGACGGGAAUCCGCUAUUUGAGCCACCAACAUCCACGCCAGCCGCAGCUCUUCAGUGUGGUGCGGCAAGCAUGUGUGCGCAGCCUCAGCUGCGAGGUUUGUCCUGGUCGAGAGGGGCCCAUCUUUUUUGGAGAUGAACAGCACGGAUUUGUUUUUUCUCAUACGUUUUUUAUCAAAGACAGCCUGGCACGGGGUUUCCAGCGCUGGUACAGUAUUGUCGUGGUAGCCAUGGACAGGAUCUACCUUAUCAACUCUUGGCCGUUCCUGUUGCGCCACCUGCGGCUAACCAUUCAGAGUCUACAGAACACAGCACUCAAGGUAUUUGACAGUGAGCAGUGUGUGUGUCCUCAGAGGGCUGUGCGAAUGAACAGCGCCUUCUCUCCGGCAGUGUUCCCUCACCAGCGCAGCGGCAAUGCAGCCCGCUCACUCACAUCACUAACCCAGCACCCCAACCUGUGGGCCAGUCUGCACUCCUCAUUCAGCUGGUUGUUGAAAGCUUGUGGCAGUCGGUUGACAGAGAAGCUUUUAGAGGGGGCACCCACAGAAGACACACUCGUUCUCAUUGAAAGACAAACUGAGCAAGAGGAAGAGAUGAGUGGCUGGGAUGGUGCAGAAGGAGGCGGGUCAAACCCACAACCCGGCCAGUCAGAGAAUGUGCAGCCCAAAGAUUUUCAUUUUGAUGAUGGAGGACAAGAGGACAUCCUUGGGCCAAAGUUCAGAUCACUGAGACAUUUAAGACAGGUCCUGGGUGCCACUGAUUUCCGACAACUGGCAUGGCACGUUCUCAUGGGAAAUCAAGUCAUAUGGAGAGGUGCAGACCCAGGUCUCAUCCAGUCAGCUUUCAAUGUGCUGAAGGCUUUGCUUCCAGUUGGAUGUGUCCGAGCAGUUCCGUACAGUCCUCACUAUGAGGAAGCAUAUCGAUGCAACUUCCUUGGCCUUAGCCCAGAUGUACCAAUCCCAGCCCAUGUUAGCUCUUCAGAGUUUUCCGUGCUGGUGGAUGUACUUAAUGUUGAGCGCGGUUGUGUAAAUCAUGUUUCGGAUGAUGACAUUCUCUCACUUUACCAGUUGAACAUUAGCAGUGCAAACACGCAACCAACAGAUAAAGGCCCAACUUUGUUGAAUAAGAUCGAAGUGGCACUUUCUAAUGAGAAUUUGUCGGUGGAGGUGGUUUCUCUCUGCUUACUCUGCCUGAAGGAAGAGUGGAUGAACAAAGUAAAAGUGCUGUUUAAGUUCUCCAAGGUGGACGGCAGAGGUAAAGAGGACACUCAGAAGGUUUUAGCCCUGCUGGGGGCCACGGGGCCCGGGGAAGAGGACAAUGUGCGUCUUCUUAAGUUUUGGAUGACAGGACUCAGCAAGCUCUACAAGAGCCAUCUAAUGACAGCAGUCAGAGGUGGAGAGAGAACUCUGAGCCAGUGAGAGAGAAAAAAAGAGAGAAAGGGGACAAUGGACUCAUUGCUAGAGUUAGAUGAAAGGAAUGUGUGGGUGCGUGUGGGUGACUGUGUGUCAAUUACGGGAAAAGGGGGCCAGGCCUGAGAAUGUGUUUUUCUGCAUGGUACAGAGAGAAAGCAAAAGCUAUCAUUGUGAUUGGGGCCUCAAAAAAAACUUUUACUUACACAUGUGCAUUUAAAUGGAAUGUUGCUUUACCGUCAUGACUAGACAUGUCCAUUUUCUGUCUUUUUUCUCUGUCUAAUAGAGCACAUGGUCCACCGACUUCAUGGGAACUACGCAGAGUAUCAGUUGACAUGAUACUGUUUGAGGCUUGCCUGUUAUAUUUCUUAUCUGACUUAUCUGAGAGAGAACUUGUGUUUUAGGAGCAAUUUUAUUUAUCCUUAUUUUAACUUAUUUUAAAUAAAUGGCUUUUACUUUAAUCUCACACAUGCUAAAUAAAGACUGUCUGCUGCUUGUGAAACUGUGUUAUUUAUUUAUUUUUUUUGUAAUUUAUUACAGCAACAUGAUUAUACCAGCUACUGACUGCUAUCAGAAUCAUCUGGUAGGAAAAGAAAUAGUUUUUGACAGCAUUUUUGAUCGAACACUGCCUGUAAUUGCUGCCGUGAGAGUUUGUGGAUUAUGUAUAAAUCUCCUUAAACCCAUUAUAGUUUUUACAGCUUGUUUCAAUGUCCUACAAGACUUAAAGUCAUGCAAUAAACACUGUGCUAACAUGUACCUCUAUCAUAAGCAGCUCUUACAGUUCUAGUAUUUCAAGGUGGAUCGGGCUCUACUGAAAGUUCAUAACACGGUAAUUUCUCCUACAUAAAUGUAGCUAUCAUGAGAGACUACACCAUGCAUUUGGACUUUUUUGCAUUUAAAUGAGUCAUCAAUGCAGGUUAAAAUACAAUGAAUUUAUUUAAAUGUGGUGCGUAGGUGUGAAUGUGUCUAGAAGAGCCCAUGUAACCCUGAGGAUUGCAAUAUGCUGUUUCCUGUCUACACAGGUUGAUUGAUGGCGAAGUCUAGAAAUUGCUGGACUGUCGCCAGAACAACUAAUCUAAUGCAUUUAUUUAUUCCAGAUGGCACAUGAAACUAUGUUGGCAUGAAACUUUCUCUCAUGCAUUUGUGCUGAAACAUGUACGAAGGUCAGUGUGCAUUUUUGUAUUCAUCAUAUAGCUACUCAGAAUUUUAGUACUUUUUCAAUACAAAAACAAUGAAUAAGAACAAUGUAUCUUUGAUGCAGUCUCUCAUGUGACUGUAUUUGAACCAACUACACUGCAAACUGACUGCUUUGUCUGUUUAAAUGACAGCAUGCUUGAAUCCUCUCAUUUUAUAGACAUCACAUGAUUGACAAUGACUAAUCUGGAAUAGUGUGAAUUACACAAACUUGUGUGAUGAAAUAUUACAGUCAGGAAAGCCCACAUGCUUAGUCAUCAUUCACCUGAUAAACUGUGGGACUGAAGGAGCAACAGCAUGGAUAUUUGAGUGGGGAGUAGGGAAAUUAAAAACAGACUGCCAGAGUGCAUGACUAAGACUAAGCCCGGGAAAGGCCGUGCGUUGAGUACUAAUAAAGAGAGGAGAAGAGGGGGAGUGCAUGCUGUCUAAUGAGGUAAAGGGGUGGGGAGCUUUAAAGAGAGCGGGGAGAGAGAUUGAACCACCAGGACUUUCACUUUCAGUGAGCAAACUGCCUCCACACUGUUUGUUCCUUCAGAAGUAGCCUACAAGAGAUCAAAUGUCUUGCUUACUUAAAUGCCAGCUGGAAAUCUAAAGCUUCAAAACAAGCUGAUUGAAAAGGAAGAAGGAAAGUUAGAGUAAAAGAAACAGGAAACUAAAAUCUCACAGGAAGCAGAGGAAUAUCUUCUUGUCUCUCAGAAUUUUUCCAUCAGAAGACUGGGAAUUUCCAAGUGUGUGAGAGGGUCAGCAUGGAGAGCAGCUGUGGGAUUGAGGAGAAAGUGUAGCAGUGAGAGGAAAAGCAGACGUUGGUUAGUAGUUUCUGAAGAGGCAGCACUGAGACUGAGAUUCUUCUAUAAGCUUUCUGCAGCAAUCUGUCGUGCAAAAGGACUUGGUUCAGAAGAACAUGGGGAAUAUGGCCCACAUUGGCCGGUAGAAGCAUGUCACCAACAGUGCUGUGUGUUCAUUGCUGCUGCGUUCCUGUCUAACUCAUGGAUUCAGCUCCUCCAGCACCUCAAUAGAGUUCACCUCAAAUACAGUUUCAUCAGCGAGCUUAUUUACACAUUGGACAACAUAGCAAAAGAG